UCAACGGUUAGCGACAAACAUAUAAAGAUAACGCGCCGUAUACAUAGUUAGAUGGGAGUACUAUUUCGUCGUACAAAUAAAUGACACGCAAUAGUGAAGAACCAAUAAAAAACGAGGCGCAAAUACGUGUUUUUUUAUAAAUUAAGUGGUCAAACACAAAAACAUUUCCUCGUACAUCAUUUGUAACGGUUUGCAAAACAGUCGUGUGUCGUAGCAGUGUGUGAUAACGUGAAAAUCGAAUGUUUUGAUGUCGCGAGGCAUGACCACGGCAUGACUUCCAUGCCCUGCGUACCUACGGAAGGGCGUGCGGUGCGAAUUACGUUUACUAUGAAUGAUUUUAUCUCUUUCUAAACUCGAGUGUCUGUGAAUGACCGAGUGUAACAGCGAGCGUACCAAAUUAUGGAUUGAAAUAGUGUUUGUUGUUGAUGUAUUAUGAUUAUUUCGCAAAGAUAAGAUUUUUAACAUUAGUGUUAUCGUGUUGGUGAGGAAUCGCCGCAGUUCUGCCCACGGAAUAAAUUCUUAUGGUACUACGUCGGAUUCGUUACGCCGUUCGAUUUAUCAUAACGAGGUACUAUUUACGCACUAUAUGGUGAUUAUUUUAAGUAUUUUUAGUCGUGGCGCGUGUCCGCCGACGGUGUUUUACUAUUCGUCGUUUAUUAGGGUGACUUUCAUCAUUGGUGUAAACAACUUCAAGGUUAUCGGUUGGCAUGUGCCAGAGUCGUUAGGUGCGGGACUGGGAUGCAGGAGUGAUGUCGGCGGUGGGAGGCGGGGGCGCGGGCGCCGUGGUGCGCCAAGGGCAACUGCGGAAGCUGAAGACGAUGAAAAAGAAGUACUUCGUGCUGCGCGCGGAGACCCCGGAGUGUUCCGCCAGGUUGGAGUACUAUGAGUCGGAGAAGAAGUUCCGCGCGGGAGUGGCACCACGCAGGGUGCUGCCGCUCAAGAGCUGCUACAACAUCAUGCGGCGGCUGGACCUCAAGCAGAAGCAUGUGAUCGCGCUAUUUACGCGAGAGGAGCAGUUCUGUGUUGUGGCGGACAAUGAGCAGGACCUGCAUGCCUGGCUGACUGCCAUCCUGAAGCAGCACCGCAGUGACGACGCCAGUGAUGAGCUGCUCCAUCCCAUACAGCAUGUGUGGCAAGUGAACGUUCAGAAGAAAGGCCUGGGUGCGACGAAGAACAUCCAGGGCCUGUACAACCUGUGCCUCACCGACAAGACCCUCACCCUGGUCAAGAUCAAGAGUCACAAUAACGUGAUCAGCGAUCUUGGUCUACUGGAGCGAGUUGAAUAUUCCUUGAAGAACAUUCGGAGAUGUGGCGAUUCCGAGCGUUUCUUCUACAUGGAGGUGGGGCGGCAGACGACGACCGGCGCGGGAGAGCUCUGGAUGCACACGGAUGACUCCAACAUCGCGCAGAGCAUGCACUCCACAAUAUACCAUGCGAUGCGUGACUGUGCAAAAGAGACGGAGAAUGAACGCGACCACAUCGUGUUGCCGAAGGGGCCCGGCGACAACGCGUUGCCGGCCCGUCGCCAAUCGUACUCCGACGGCAGGGGCCGGGCCGGUCUCACUAACGAGAAGGGCCUGUGCGUGGGCUCGUGCAUUAGACAGUGCGUGUGCGCCAGCGCCACCUACUCCAUCGACGAGCCGCCCCUCGCCCCGCCGCCGCUCAACGCCGACAGCCAGAAUAACACACUAACAGACAAAACUGACAACCCGGUUCGCAUCAUCAAACAUCAUCGGACAGAGUCCCUUCCAACUGGGUACCCUCUCUUCCAAGAACCUCUGAAGAUCUCACACGGAAGGACACGGUCUGAGCCUUUGACCGGGGAAGAAGUAGAUCGCGUGCUCGUUGAGAAAGGGGUGACGCACUCCUCGUGCAAAGCCAUCAAUGGAACGGACACACUGCCUAAGAAGACGCAGUGGUCGAGGCGCGCCUCGACGGGGACACGGUUACAUAAACUGUCGCCGGCUCAUACUAAGAACGCGGAGACGUUACGGAACCGAUGUGUUAGUAUGCCGUCGAGGGCGUGUUCAUCGUUCGAAGUGGACAGACCUUCGUCGAGAUACCCUGAAGUUGAUGGCCUGGAAGUGUCUCGUGACGAGACGGACGCAGUGACGGACUGGUACCGAACGCCGCGCAUUCCCGAGGAACCAGACUGCUGCGACAUAUCUAGAGACCCUAUGAGCUUGUCCCUAGCGGGCGCGGGCUCAGUGGCCCACUCGCGCACGUCGUCGGUGGGCGAGGCGGGCGCCGGGUACCUGCCCAUGGCGCCCGGACACGAGCCGCUCGCGGGGCUCAUCUCCGCCUCCAGCGGGUCCCUCUGUAGCGGGACCCCCUCCACGGACCCACGGUUUAGUGAGUACCAGCUAGAGCCCGCCACCUCCCACAUCGGGUUGGAGCGUCCCCCGCGAGCCUACAGCGUGGGGUCCCGGCCGGCCGGGGCCCCCGCGCCAGAGGCCCGCCACCGCGCCUACAGUGUGGGGGCCCGCGCACGGCCCCCGCGGCACCCUGUGCGACCCAACACGGACGACCACAUGGAGAUUGACUUCUCCAAUAAUUCCCCCGCGAACAGAGUGAUAUCGCGCACCCCACCGACGGCGUGCUUCGUGGAGCCGCGACCGAAGACGAACGUGGACGAGUACGUGGACAUGUCGCCGCGCAACGCGGGCUACGUGGAGAUGCGGCCCGGCGAGCCCCGCGCGCGGACCCCGCCCGCCGUGGCGCCGGUGACGCCGGCCGCGCCCGCCACGCCGGACGGGUACGUGGAGAUGCACUACGGGCGCGCGGCCACGCGGCCCAUCGCCAUCGGCGCGGCGCGGCCGCCGCCGCCGCUGGCCGCGUCGCCCGACGAGCGCCGGCGCCGCGAGCCGCGCACGCCGCACGGCUCGCAGACGCUGUUCGACAUGUCGCUGGACUCGCCCGCGUCGCCGCAGGACGCCGACCCCGACCUGCUGGACGAGGACCCGCCGCACCACCCGCUCACCACGGUGCGCGAGAUAUCCGAGGACGGCCGCCGGAGCCCUGACAUUGUGCCCUGCGCCGGAGCCCCGCGACGGAGCCCCGAAGUGUCGGUGUCUCCGCAGUAUGUGACGUUGGCCCUGACGGCGGCGCCCCCUAAGACGCCGGAGCCCUGCGGAGACGAGCUGUCCUGUAACCCCACCGCUAAUAAGACUAUCGCUAGGGUACCUGACCCUAUCGAAACUAGAGUGUGCACGGCGGAGGGUGGGGGCGCGGCGACGCUGGUGGUGGCGGGCGGGGGCGCGGCGGCGCGGUUCGUGGGCGCGGCGCGGCCGCUCAACUACGCCGCGCUGGACCUGGAGCCGCGCCGCGCGCUGCAGCCCGCCGCGCCGCGCCACUACACGCAGAUCGACUUCCUGCGCAGCGAGAAGCUGCACGUCGCAGACACGUAGACCCACCCACUGGGGUCGCGGACCUACUCGUAAGCUGGGAAUGUGUCAAAUUAAUGCGUCAGACUGAACCUUUUGUCGCGGUUUUGAUUGGACGCGUCGAUGAGUCGAAUCUUUCGCUUUUCAUUUUACGCACGAGCUUUAAUUUUCUUGUGGAAGAGUGCGAGACUUUAAAACUACAGUAUACCUCACCUUUUAUUCGUUUAUAAACUAUCAAUACCCGUGUUAGUUUGUUCAUUGGUUUUCCUAAGUUAUAAUAGUAGGUUCGACUUAUCGACGGGUCCAGAAGGCACGCUGUGCGUUAUAGCUGCAGUGUUGAUGGAUCGCAUACGAUCGGCGUGCACGCCGCAUUUAUAUGAGCCGCGCCCAAACUCGUGUAUCAGUUACUCUUGACUACUUCAACUCAUUUUUAUAUUGCUCUUCAAAGAUAAUUAUGCAUUAAAAAACAAUUUAAUUCACCUUCCUAGUGUUUUAACUUCAGUUCUAUCUCUCAUGAACUUUCUUUUCGCAAUAGUAAUUAUUAAGCAAAUAUCAAAACAUAUAGUCUCGCACUGAGUUUGGAUAUUUGCUAUGUUUUUUCACCUUCACUUAAGAAAAUACGUUAUUUUAAUUAUACCAUUAAAAACUCUACUAUCAACUCUAAUAUCACAAUAAGAUUAACUGAUACACGAUGUUGGGUGCAAGUAAUGAGAUCACCGCCGCUUUAUCAUUCGUCGUCAGCCUGUACCUUAGAGGCAGUUCGGUAGUGUAUUAAACAGAGCGAUAUCCUUCACUAUUAUUUUAUAGGCCGGACUAGCACAUGUAUACUCAAUACAAGCACAUCAAGCUACUCUAAACUGGUUAAUACAUUUUCAACUUUAUGUCAAAGGAAUAAGGUUUAAAAUGUAUUAAUGAAUGUGUGUAACUUGAUUUGCAACAUACAGUAUGACAUGUUCUACGCUCGCCUGCAACUUGUAUUAGACUCGAUGUCGCUUGCUUCUGUUACUAUUUAAUAGUACACAUUAUUUUGUUAUUAAUUUUAUUCUUAUUACAUUUUUAUUAUUAUUGUUAUGAGACUUCAGUGAUACGUUUGUAUAGCAAACAUAUAAAUAUAUGAUAAUAUGACACUAAGAAAUUAUACUAAGUCUAACUCCAAAAGUUUUCACUAAAUUAAUUAAUACAUUAUCAUGUUAUUUUAUUGAUUUGUAAUUAAAUAUUUAUUUGUUAGAUGUUAGCGUAUCUCUCUAGUACAAUCGCGGAUAAAUCAUUACGGAAUAUGAUGAAAUGUAAAAUAUUCGUGCACGGGGAUGUUUGAGUGAUGAGUUGUCGCGUUGGUUCCGCCGUGAAGGAGUUUAAGUAAAUAUAUUUGUAAUUAUUGUAAAGCCAGGUUGUGAGAGAGGCCUACCAGUAGUUGGUACAAUACACGAUUUUGUUCCGAUGACAUACUACCUACUGUGUUCUUAGAAUACUCUGUGCAAUUUUAAAAACAUGAUAUAAAUGUUAUUUCUACAUUGUUAUUGUUUGUUACCUGUAGCCUUAGUAUGAGUUUGGUUUACGUUUACAAUAAUCGAAACAAGAACGCGUUCGGCGGUCUGAUUGGACGGCUCUAAUAAACCAACCAAUCAGAACGCCGAACGUGCUCCUGUUUCGAUUCCUUUAAACGUAAAGCAAACUCAUACUAAGGGUACUGCAAUAUUGUUCCGUUCGUCGUUAUUCUUAUAUACGUACAAAAUAUAUUUAGACUCAAUUAUUACUACCAAUGUUGAACGCCAGUUUCAAAAACAUUGACUGUUUUUAGAGAAUAAUGAAACUAACGUUCACCAUUCCACCGAUUUUAGUAUUUAUAUGAAAUUAAAAAAAUAGUUAUGUCCUAUAUUUGAUAGAACAGUGUUUUUAAUGAAUGUGAAAUAAUCUCGAACGGAACAUUAGGUUUGUAUGUAAUCGUGUGUAGACGAUUGCGUAUCGAGCCGGCACUCAAGUUAGACAAUGAUAUAUAGACUAUGUUGUUUGAACUUGCUAUUUUGCUAUAAAAAAUUUAAUGCGGAUGCAGAUCUUCGCUAAUUGUUGUAUUCCCGGAAACACCUGAAUCAUUGAAUCGUAAGAACCUUAAACAAUGCACUUGCAUUUUGUACCUUGUUUUAAGGAAAUAGGAGUCAUGUAAAAGUACUGAAAGUUAUAUUAUUAAUCCAGAUAUUGUAUGUUAAAAAACAUUAUAUAACUAAAACAUACUGUUUAUUACAAUCGCAGUUAAAAGUAACUUAAUCUUAUAUAUUCCCCAUAUUUUACUUAAAUAGCAAGUUCAAAGAACAAACUUCGUAAAUUAUGUGUUCAAUACAAAUCUGUUUUUAUCUUAUGACUACUGUUUAUAUCUGAAGCGAAUAUAUAGGAAUAUUUUUAAUCAAACAUAAAAUUGUCUUAUAAACACGUACAUAAGGUCGAUAUUACAUAGUUAUUUUUAUGAAUAAACCAUAUUUUAGCCGUUCUUGUUAUGAAGCUUCGCGAUGUUUUAAAACUAAUUGAAGUAUAUGUACUUUGUUUACUUAUGUAUCUUUGUUAUAUUAUAUACAAAUUCUACGCUAAAAUUGUUCCCCUUCAAAUCGUUCAAAGAAUUUCUUUUCUAUCUAAAAUAAAGUUAGUAUUGAUUUAUAAACAUGUUAAAAUAUUCAUUAUUCUGUUUGCAACAAUAUUUCUUUUUUACAAUGUGUAAUUUCGCAAGACUGGUCAAUUUUAGCUAAUGUUCUGCUGAACUAGCGAAGCUGUAAUAACAAGAUAGCGAGAUAUCGUCUCCUAGAUGAAAUUAUAUCGUAACUGACUACUCAGAGACAGGCGAUCCUAUUGUAGUUCAAUUUACAACGUUCCCAUUAGAUAAAUGCUGUUAUAACGUCUGUGUGGUGAGAAAAGUAUAAAGUAAUCUUCAUUAUUGAGGGAAACUAGUGGGGAAAAGAUUCCUAUACUUAUUUUUUCAUGUUAACAAAAUGGUUUCAAUUUCAAGUCCAUUGAACUAGCAACUGAUCCUACUUACUCUAUAAUUAUCUUUAACUUCUCUCAUCACACAGCCAAUCCAAACAAAGCGCCUCACAAAAGUAACAAUUGAGAUAAAUACAGAAUGUUCAACAUUCCGACUUAAAACAAUCGACUAGCCUCCUGUGUUCAACCUCCUUAAGCCAUAGCGUAGUAAUAGACAAGCUUCCUUCGCCCGCGCUCGACCUAAAGUAAUGGGACCUGUAUAAACGUGACUGAGUCAACACCAAAUUUUAUAUUAAAAAAAAAUGUUAUUUAUUCCCGCGUUAAUACAAAUAAGCGAGCGAAAAGUCUUCGACAAACGUGAAACGUUAGGCUUUUCACUUUGAGGGUCUAGUGUGAGUUUAUUUUACGUUAACGAGAUCGACACGCUUAUGACGUGCAAUGCUCUGAUUGGUCUGCUACAGUUAACCAACCAAUCAGAGGUCUAAACGCGGUAACGUUUUGAUCGCGUUAACGUAUAAAAACCUGCACUAGGUCCUCUGAUUGUACUGUUACAUGUAAGCUUUAAGUAUUGCCAGGUGAAAUCAGCACAAGUUUCUGUUUAGUGUUAUAUUUUAUCUCGCUUUGGGAUGCUGUUUUGUGUUCAAUGUGGGGGGUUUCUUUAUAACUAUUCAAGGAAGAAAUUACAUGAAUACAGUGCCCAGUUUUGUAGAUUAAUUCAUACCCUAUGGCUGAUUUUAUAGCUAAAUUGUUAUUAAAGAACGCUCCCACAGUAAGACGUUAUUCCUAAAGCCGAAACGAUAUUAGUCCCCAUUCAUCGCUGUUAUCAACGUUGUAUUUAACUGAUCGUGUAGUAGUAUAGUACAAUUUGGCAAGGCCACUGUUUUACAUUUUUGUACCUAUUUUAAUGUUUUUUAGAACGAAAUACUCGCUCUUUGUUCGAGCGGAUGUCUGUAAGCUGGUUGAGAGUUGAAAGCAAUCAUUAGAUGAUUUGAUUUAAGUCAUCUGAAUGACUUUGUGGCGUAUAUGGCAAUCUUUAUCACAAUAAAGACUCUAAAAGAUGUUGCCAGUACUAAAAACUAGAAUCCUACCUUAUAAUUUUUUAAGUUGACCGAAGACUUUCCUUCUUUAUAAAUACUUUUUAUUCAUGAUCCCCAUUUAGACAUAUCUUUAUAAUCGAACGAGACGUCUCAGCCAGCUGUUUGGAUAAGCCUAUCCGCAGAUUGCUAGUGCCACCUCGCAGUUACGUAGUACCAUAUUUAGAUACAUAUUGUAACACUAAUAUAUAUAUAUUGUAUAUUAUUAUACAUUUACUUUAUUCCACUUAGUAUAAGAAGUGUUGAGUUUAACAUAGGUGUAAGGAUAGACGGGUACAGCGAUAGCGUUAUGUAGGACAUUGGAUACAAUCUCCUUUUAUAAUAUGCCCGCAAUAAGCAAUCUUCCAAGGAAUAUUAUUACUUAAUACUACUCACAUAAAUGUGUUUUUUGCGUGUUCGUUGUUCGUUCAGGCAGGACGUUAGUCUAAUUGAAUUAAUAUGAUGAAAUCAUAUACUUUUUUUUUGUAAUUUUGAUCGCAAAUACAGGAUAUUUGUAUUGUUAUAUAUUUUAAAGUUGGUACUGAGUGUACAAUACACAUUUUUUAAAAUAAUGUUAUGUCCUGCCUGCACUCUCGAGCAUGCUGCUCCAGUAACUAAAAGCAAGGUCACAAAACAGGUUCAGGAUAAAUAGAAGCCAAGCAUAUUCUAAAAGGAGCUGUUGGCUACAUUUACAUUGGUGAGACUUGUAUUAUGUGACAUCGAAAGCUAGUGUGAAUGCGGCCUUAUUUUAAUAUAUUUAUAAAUAAUUAAAUAAAAUAUAUACAAAAUAAUUUACCAAACUCCGCGUGUUACGUCAUGACAAGAUGCGAGUUGUUUUUUUUUUAAGAAAUCUAUACUAGUCCCAUUGCAAGUUAAACAGAAUUUUUGCAUAAAAAUGUUCCUGUAAACGGCGUAAAGGUUUUUAUAAGGUUUAAAUGUAAGUUAAACUAUUGUAACGUCUAGAACAGUUUGUAUGAUAGUGGUUUAGUACCUGGGAUGAGUCGCCAUGCUGCGCUGCGACGCUUGCCGUGACGUCACGCGUCACGGAGCGAUCACCACACGAUGAGGCAAAUUCUCUUGUUUUGGAAAUGGAAAAAAAUAUAAUUAUAUUUUUUUACAAAUGGUGCUACCGAUUUGUGUUUUAGUCGAUGAUAGCUUAGCCGCUCCUACUGCCAUGUAGAUAUGUGAAGUAUCGUUGCGGGCGCGUGAGACGCGCGCGCAUAUCACAAUCUGUUAGAUAUAGACAUCACCACGUCAGAAGUAGCUGUAGUCAUAGCUUUUGUAACUUGCAACGUUGUUCGCGGCCUGCCCUUGUAGCGCGGCCGGGGCCCAGCGACUAUACAGGCCGGGCCGCCCGCCACGCGGCCCCGCCCGGGCCCCGGCCGCCGCUACAAGUGAGUGCACUAUGAAGUAUCACAAUGUCACUCGUUGAUCGAUGCGUGCCACUCGGUCGGCGUGUCCGCCGUUAAAUUAUAUUAAAAUAUCUAAAUCUAAUUUCUUUGGUACAUUAAAAAUUUUGUUUACUUUCAUAUUAUUGUAAAUAAAAAGAAAAAUAAAAGCUUUGGAUUUGCGCA